GCUGUCCAUGAGCUGACUUGGUCUACUGAUUGCUACUGCUCUAACGACUGCGCUAUCGUUGACGCUCUGCUUUCCAUUCUCUGUACAUCUGGCCCCAAACAACUUACGACAUCCGGUUACCCCCGCCCAAUAUACCAACAUGGCUACGAACAUGCGAGGCCUGACGCAGUUCAUCGCGGACAUCCGCGGUGCGCGCGUCAGGGAGCUGGAGGAGAAGAGGAUUAAUAAAGAGAUGGCCAAUAUACGCAAACGGUUCAAAGAUGGGAACCUCGAUGGUUACCAGAAGAAGAAAUAUGUCGCGAAGGUCAUCUUCACAUACAUUCUCGGCUACAAGGUCGACAUUGGACAUAUGGAGGCUGUCAACCUAAUCUCUAGCUCAAAGUAUAGCGAGAAGCAGAUUGGCUAUCUCGCCGUGACACUACUUAUGCACGAGAACUCUGACUUCCUCCGGCUGGUCGUCAACUCCAUCAGGAAAGACCUCAAUGAUAACAACGAAAUUCACAAUUGUCUGGCCCUGCACGCCAUCGCGAACGUAGGCGGCCAGGAGAUGGCGGAAGCACUCGCAGAGGACGUGCACCGUCUCCUUAUUUCUCCAACGUCGGAAAACUUUGUGAGGAAGAAGGCGGCCCUCACAUUACUACGCCUGUACCGGAAACACCCUGAUGUCAUCCCUGCGAAGGAAUGGGCUUUGCGUAUAGUGUCAAUCAUGGACGAUUCAGACCUGGGCGUAGUAUUGUGUGUAACAAGCCUGGUCUUGGCCCUCGCGCAGGAUCAUUUGGAAGCGUUUGCUGUUGCCUACCAGAAGGCCGUCGACAGGUUGAACCGUCUUGUUGUUGAGCAUGAGUAUUCUGCAACGUACGGAUACUAUAAGGUUCCAAUACCCUGGCUGCAAGUCAAACUGCUGCGACUUUUGCAGUACUAUCCUCCAUCAGAGGACCCUACCAUACAAACCAUGCUGCAGGAGGUUCUGCAGACCAUCAUGAACAACUGCAACGAACCUUCAAGGAACGUCCAACACAACAAUGCACAGCAUGCUGUCCUUUUCGAGGCUAUCAGUCUCGCCAUCCACAUCGACACGAGCUCCCCGUUGGUGAACACUGCUGCGGUUCUGUUGGCCAGAUUCAUUAGCUCUAAGGAGACUAACGUUCGGUAUCUUGGCUUGGAUACCUUGGCGCACCUUGCGUCGCGAGCGGACAACUUGGAGGCCAUUAAGAAGCACCAGGGGACGAUCAUCCUUUCGCUCCGCGACAAGGACAUUUCAGUGCGACGGCGCGCUCUUGACCUGCUCUACAGUAUGUGCGAUACCGACAACUCGGAGCUUAUCGUCGGCGAGCUUCUGCGAUACUUGAAGAUUGCUGACUAUGGACUGCGGGAGGAAAUGGUGCUCAAGAUCGCGAUCUUGACCGAGCGCUACGCGAACACGUACAAGUGGUACGUCGACACCAUCCUGGAACUGCUCAGUGCGGCUGGCGACCACGUCGGCGAAGAAGUCUGGUAUCGUGUGGUCCAGAUCGUGACAAAUACGGAGGACCUGCAGGCCUACGCCGCGAAGGUCGUCUUCGAGUACCUGAAGUCGCCAUCUUCCCACGAAAGUCUUGUCAAAGUCGGCGGCUACAUUCUCGGUGAAUAUGGUCACCUAAUCGCAAACGAGCCGGGUUACAGUCCCAUCGAACAGUUCCAGGCUCUGCACUCCAAGUCACAAUUCUGCAUGGCACCCACCCGCGCUCUCCUUUUGUCGACCUACAUCAAAUGGGUCAACGUCUUCCCCGAGAUAAAGCCCCAGCUUCUCAAUGUCUUCGAGCGCUAUCGCCAUGUCCUCGAUGUAGACCUGCAACAACGAGCGUGCGAAUUCUUUGCCCUCGCGCAGCGACCAGAAGACGACGAGUUGCUGCAGAACGUCUGCGAGGAGAUCCCGCCAUUCCCCGCGCGCGAAAGCACACUUGUCAGUCGCCUCAACAAGAAGCACGGAGAUACGUCAGACGGGCGCACAUGGAGCAUUGGUGCCAAGGACUCGAACCUCGACCGGUCGGCGUCGAAGCUCAUGCGUAAGCCGACGACCAAAAUAACCACAAACGGGUCGGGUGCGACCGCUGCCAACGGCGACCUGUCGUCAGACAUCACAAAUUCUCUCCUCGGUCUCGACAUGAGCAGUUCCCCGAUCGCCGUCGAGCCGACAGCGGCGCUGGCUGCGAAGGGGAUCCCACGACUCACUGCUGGACCUAAUGUCGAGCGUUGGUUCGAGAAACUCCUCUACAGCGGGGACGGUGUGCUCUACGAGGAUGUACAGAUCCAAGUCGGCGUCAAGUCGCGCUAUCACGGCCCCCUCGGUCAAGUCGCAGUGUACAUCGGAAAUAAGAUGUCUGCGCCCCUGACAUCGUUCACGACCACGCUGCAUACGGAGGAGCCGGAGGCGCUCACGGCGUCGUUCGUGAAGAUUGCCCCGAGCACGCUCGCACCACGCACCCAGAUCCAGCAGAUCGUUCAGGUCGAGUGCAAGAAGAUCUUCAAGGUGCCGCCCAUUCUCGUCGUGUCCUUCCUCGCCGGAGCGCACCAGACGAUCGCCGUUCGGCUCCCGAUCGUGAUCACCAAGUUCCUCGAGGGCGUGAAGCUUGGCUCUGGCGAUUUCUUCGAGCGGUGGAAGCUCAUUGGGGGCCCGCCACGCGAGGCCCAGGGCAUCUUCCCGAUCUCGCUGGACGCCACAGGCCACAUCGAUACCGCGAAACAGCGACAGGUCGUGUCUGGCUACGGGUUCCAGGUCCUGGACGGCAUCGACCCGAACCCAAGCAACGUCGUUGGUGCCGGCAUUUUGCAUACAGCCGUGGAUGGGAAGGUCGGGUGUUUGUUGCGUCUAGAACCAAACAGGGAAGCCAAGCUUUCCCGUGUCACGGUCCGCAGCACGUCGGAGGACGUCGCCACAGAGGUACAGAAGCUUGUGCAGAAGCCGCUCAUGGCAGAUGCAUCCGCGCUUGCGGAGAAGCGUACCGGUUGAUCGUCCCGUGCUGUGACGAUGUCUUGUGCUUGAUGUUUCCUCGUUCUGUAGCAUGGACUUAUCUAACGGAUUGUAUACAACAUAUCGAACACAGACAACUAAUGCGUAAUAAUACAGACUUGCAAAAAGCGCGAAUGCAAGACAGCAGUUGAAGGCGGCAACAGGCGGCGACUAUCGCCGUGUCAAGAUGGAGCGGAAGAUGUUUUUGCGCCUCUUCCCUGUGUCGUCGUCCAUCGAGCUAUCGGACAUCGGUGACUGCAGCGGUUCUGGCGCAGAAUUCCUCGCCAGCGGGGAAUCAGUGGACGUUGAACGCGGAUGGUGGACGAGGGGGGGUGGCUUGACGCGACGGCCAUCGGGCGCGGGAGGUGACAUGGACAUGGUUGGCAGAGACGAUGGCAAGGGCAUAGGAGGUUGCGGCGGAGAACGAGGCUCAGGGUAUGAUCCCGAGCUGAAGGAGCGGCCGGAGCUGUCCUCAGACCCUCGCUCAGAACUAGAUGGUGCCGUAGAGGGACGGCUGUCGC